UUUAAAGUUUAUUUAUCGACCACCAAGUUAUGAUAAGAUCUUGCUCCCUGAAAAUUCUAAAUGAUGCUUGCAGUUGUGGGUUCAGUUUUUCUAAUAAACUGUUACAAAUAAAUGUAACUCAAGUUACUCGGCUAAAUUAUUUGGGUGAAAAGAAGUUUAUUUAUCCCAGUCUGGUAGAAAAUGAAAUCGAGGAGAUGCAUGUGAGAGGUGGAGGGCCUGGAGGACAAGCCACCAAUAAAACAAACAAUAAUGUUGUACUCAGGCACAUCCCUACUGGGCUUGUUGUUAAGUGUCACCAGACAAGAUCAUUGGAAGAGAACAGAAAAAUAGCCCGCUAUCUCAUGCAGAAGAAGCUAGACUUCCAUUUUAAUGGACCAUUCAGCCAAGAAGUCAUUCAAAAGGCUGAAGAUUCUAAACUGAAGCAGCAGAAGAAAAUAAAAACAAAGGAGAGACUCGAAAAGUUGAAGGAGUUUAAAGAAAGAGAAGGCAUCACUUAAAAUAUUUGUAACAGUUUAAUUUUUUUACAAUAGAAUUUCUUUAAAAGUUUAAAAAAAACAAUUUUUCAGUUAAAAAAAUUAAUCUUUAUAACAUUUUUAUUUCCUAAUAUUUUACUAAAUGGUUGUUCAUACAUUAGUUUAAUAAUGGCUGUGGGCUGUUCAGUUCAAGCUUCAAAUUUAGAAUUUACCAAAUAUUGUAGUUGAAUAGAUUGAGAGAAAAUUUUUGAAACUUGUUCUCAUUUACGAGGUUGCAAAAAAGUAAUCAGAAAUGAAAUAUUUAAAAAUUAUUUGUUCCUUUUUAAAAAUGCAUGGUAUAAUUGAAUUGUGACUCAAAUCGAA